GGGGGGCCCGGCCAGGGAAUGGGGGUCUCCACAGCCCCUCCGCCGCCCCUUCCGUCCGCAUCCGCCGCCCGGCCCCCUCAGCGCCCGCCCCUCAAGGCCCCGCAGCGGGUGAAGGCUGCCAUCGCCAGCAUCCCGGUGGGCUCUUACGAGGCGGCCCCCUCCCCCAGCACCCCCCGGGCCUCCCUGGGGCCAGCACAGGCAACACAGCAGCAUCAUCAUCCGCAGCCGCCGCAUCACCCGCCACAGGAGCCCUGCGGGGCACGGUUCCAGCAGGAGGCGGAGGUCACGGAGCGGGGCCCCCAGGAGCCCCCCCUGCCGCCCCCCUCCCCUGCUGAGCAGGGCCCCGAGGCCAAGAGGCCAGAGACCUGGGAGCCCGUGUCCCCUCCGUCGCCACGACAGACACAGCCCGCCACCGAGUCCGCUGCCACAGACGCCUGGGGCCACCGGGAAGCGGCCGUGGGGCCCGGUGAAGAGAGAGCAUCCCGGGAGGCCCUCCCUGCCCCUCCUUCGGGAGGCAAAGGGGCCGAAACGGCCCAGCGGUUGCCCUCUUCACCCGACUGGCGGGGCGCUGCCCCCGACGUCCGCCCGGAGCCCCCCGCAGCAGCACCCCCUGCGGCCCCCCUAUCCUCCUCAUCCUCUGCACUCAGCCCCGCCCCCUCAAACUUCGGGGAGGGCUCCAGGGGGGCGGUGGCGGCACCCUCGGCCCCACCCCUGGCAACGACAUCGGCCACCACGUCGGAGGGGCCCGAGCCCAAGGAAGGGCCGGUGGUCAAGAAGGUGAAGGUCCGCCCCCCUCCGCUGAAGAAGACCUUUGACUCGGUGGACAACAGGGUCCUCUCGGAGGUGGACUUUGAGGAGCGUUUUGCGGAGCUGCCCGAGUUCAAGCCGGAAGAGGUGCUGCCCUCCCCGACCCUGCAGUCUCUGGCCACCUCCCCCCGCGCCAUCCUGGGCAGUUACCGCAAGAAGCGCAAGAACUCCACAGACCUGGACUCCUCCACCGAAGACCCCAUUUCCCCCAAGAGGAAGAUGCGGCGGCGCUCCAGCUGCAGCUCGGAGCCCAACACGCCCAAGAGCGCCAAGUGCGAGGGAGACAUCUUCACCUUCGACAAGACAGGGACCGACGGGGAGGACGUCCUCGGGGAGCUGGAGUACGAGAAGGUGCCGUACUCCUCUCUGCGGCGCACGCUUGACCAGCGGAGAGCCCUCGUCAUGCAGCUCUUCCAGGACCACGGCUUCUUCCCGUCAGCCCAGGCCACAGCCGCCUUCCAGGCCCGCUACUCGGACAUCUUCCCCACCAAGGUCUGCCUCCAGCUCAAGAUCCGGGAAGUGCGCCAGAAGAUCAUGCAGGCGGCCACCCCCACCGAGACGGUGCCCCCCACCACCCCGGAGCCCAUCGGGGGCCCCGAGGGACCCUCCCUGGAUGCCCCCUCCCAGGACCCGGGGACCUCAGCAGUGGAGACCAUGGCGGUGGCGGUGCUAGUGGCGACAUCAUCAUCCUCCUCGGGAGGGCCUUCCGCGGCCCCCAGCUCCAGUUGGGAAGGGGCCCCACAGGCCUCCCCCGGGCCUGGCAGCAGUGGCAGAUGAGCGACAGAGGGCUGCGCAGAGGACAGAAGAGGGGGAGGGCCCUGGAGCAUCGCCCCCAUUUCCGCCCCUUCCUGGCUGUGCUACUGAGGGCCCAGCACACCCUUCCGCGGACCGCUCACCCCCCGAUACCCAAGGACCCCAAAAGGUGGCGGUGGCGGCUGAAGGGGGGCCCAGCCACCCCAGGACAUGCAGACCGAGGUCUGCCCCAAAAGACCCCCCAGAGGACCGCUUCUCUUUUCGAGUCCCUCUCCUUUUAAUAACGUUAAGUAUUUUGGGGUCCCGCAUACGCAUCUGCUUCUGUAUCGAGACAUGGGGUGGGAGGGGGUCCGUGGCCAGCCUGGCCCUUGUGGAGGAGGAGGAGGCGGUGGCCCCUGGAGCGAGGGAGGCCCUUCUGCAAGGGGCCCCUGUUGCCUUGGCCGGUGGGCCCUCUGGGCAGAGAGCAAGAGAGACUUGGGGCUCGGCCGGCGGACUCUGGAGGCGGAGCGAGUGAGUGAGCGAGCGAGUGCGUGCCCUGGUGGCCAGAGCCACAUGUUGACCAUGUGUACCCCUCCCUCCUCCUCCUCCUCCUCAGCAGCAGCAGCAUCGGGGUGGCCCUGCCUCACCUGCUAUUAAAGCUCUUUAACAACCCGC